AAAACACGCACACAUGAGAAUCAAUAAUUCAGUUUGCCCAGCCCACUUACAGGAGCUGUCAGCAGUUUUAUUAUUGUAAGGGGCUUGGUGACAUUUCAGAUAGCACUGACAGGACAAAGGAUACACAUCCACUCCAGACUUUGGCGCCUCAUAAAGUAAAUGAUCCAUGAUCCUCGGUGGCUUUCUCUUUCUGCUCUUCCUCUUAGAUGGAGUAUAUUCUGAACGUGUCCGCAGCUAUCAGGAUGUUUUGAAUUACCUAAACCUAACCAAAAACAAUGAGCUCUUUACGAUGACCCGGCCAGUGAAAAAUUACAUAAACCCAACACGGGUUUCGCUUGAAGUUCUGCUGUAUGCCAUCUUAGAUGUGGUUGAGAAAGACCAAAAGUUCAUUCCUUAUGUUUGGACUGUGAUGAGGUGGCACAAUGAAUAUAUUUCCUGGGAUCCAGAUCAGUUUUGUGGGAUUAAUAAUGUUUCUCUACCUAUUGAGGUUUUGUGGAAGCCAGAUCUCACUAUUGAAGAGAUGACAGAAAAGGACAAAGCUCAUCCAAGUACUUAUCUCACCAUCAACGACAAAGGCGAUGUUGAAGUCCAGAAUGACUAGGGUCUGGUGAGCACCUGCAGGAUGCAUAUUUACAAAUUCCCAUUCGACAUUCAAAGCUGCAACUUGUCCUUCAAAUCUGUCGUUUACACCGCCCAGGAAAUUCGGCUGCAGCCAAGUGACAACUCUACAGAAGCAACAGAGUGGUCUCCUGAUUUGAUGCGGACACAAUGUGAGUGGCUGUUCAUAAACAUGACAGUCACUGCCAACAAUGCCAGUGAUUUAGUUGGCCAAGACAUCAUCAUGUACACUAUCACCAUGAAGAGGCGAUCGCUCCUCUAUGUUGUCAACUUCUUGCUGUCUGUCCUCUUCUUUUUGUCUUUGGACUUGGCCUCCUUCCUGAUCUCAGACAGCGGGGGUGAGAAGCUCAGCUUUAAGGUCACUGUUCUGCUUGCCGUCACAGUGUUACAGCUCAUCGUUAAUGAAAUUCUACCUGCAUCAUCAAAUAGGAUCCCACUUAUAGCGGUCUACCUCAUUGGGAUCUUUGCUCUGAUGAUGCUAAGCCUUCUGGAGACCAUUCUUGUAAUGUAUCCAAUGGAGAAAGACUCUACAUCCCAAGAAACUGAGCCCAAGAGAGACCAAAGCCUGACAGAGGAUUGUACGAAACAGGGUAAAGCCAGCCUUCGCAGCUGUCACAGAGAAUUGCACAAACGGACCCAGAGUGUGUGUUUCUAUGACGUGUCAGCCAGUGAAACUCCAUCUGAACUGCUGCCUGAAGCCAAAGAGGCCAGCACCAGUAAAGACCACCACCAUGCUUUGGAAAGGCUUUCGGAUGAGUUGAGGGAGAUAGAGAAAACGCUGACUCGGCUACUCAAUAUCAAGAGAGAAAAGGACAAGCCUGGCUACUGGACCAUAGUAGCAAAAAGAGUCAACAAAGUUUUUUUCAUUUUCUAUAUUACAGUAGUCACUCUCUUUUUAUCUUUGAUUUUCUUAAACUGGAAAACUGAGUAGAAAUUACAUUUCUAUAUAAUUAAAACAUUUAGAGUACCUUUAGUACAACUACUGGCCAUAGGAAAGGUACGAAUAAAGCUGACAUGAGGUAGAGUUUAAUGCGAAUGAAUGUCACCCCUCCACUCCCUGUAUGGCUGACCGAUUCUAUGUGGACUGGGCUCCUACACACAGGUCCAUGUUUACAUACAUUAAUUUCCUCAAGACUUACCAUAACUUGCCUUACUCUUUAAACUGAGAGCUGGAAAGAGAAGCUCAAUAUCGUUCUCAUCUCCACACCACUGGAGCUUUGUGUAAAUGUGAGCAUGCUUACUUUGGGAAGUUAAAUAUUUCAUUUUUUUUUUUAAAUUUCAAGACGUUACUUGAGUUCUUAUAACAUGUAAUGUUUAGGUCAUGUUAAACAGCUAUAAACUCAAACUGCUGUUACAAUUUUUCAUACUCUUUAGUCUGUAUUAGAUCAAUUAGAACAGCUAUCCUGAAUACGGUUAAAUCAGACUCCCCACACUGGUGUUGAGGUGCUUUGUUUCUGAAAUUUUGGGGCGUGACCUUACAGGGUAUGGAGGGCCAGGAGUGACAAAAUGAAUCAAUUAAAUAUGCCAUUAAAUAAUUCAUUAAAUGUUUCAUUAAUUAAUUAAAAGUGGAAUUCAUUAAUUGAAUCAGUAUUUCAAUAAUUACUUAAAAGCACAUUUAUUUUGUUUAAAAUGUUUAAUGAAUUAUUUUUGUAUUUAUUUUUUCUAAUUUUAUUUUAAUUAAUUACACAUGACUUAAUUAUUGACAUAGUUAAUUAAUCAUUUAUAUGUUUUAAUCAACCAAUGAAACAUUUAA